AUGAUGCCACUUGGAUACCCAUUGUUACGAGUUCAAGCCAUUUUUGUUUUCGUAUUAGUCAAGUACUGCUGGCAACAACUCGUCUACCUCUUUGCCUCUUCGAAAUUCAUUGAUGCGGACAAGGACAAACUGUCUUUCUCAUCACCUGAAUACGUUAUGCGCCACCCACAGACACGAAUUCGAGGAAGAGCAGUUGGCCACGUCUCUUGGAAAGAAAAGUGGGAAGUCUUCAAGCACAACCGCAGAAAACCCGGUUACUGCGAGCUGAUCAUCUACGGAAUAGUACUCAACAUUGCCGGGGCUGGUCUUCUUCUUUUAAAAGCACAUUUUGAUAAAAGCAUUAUCGAAGCUACGAUACAAGAGAAGUUUGAAGAAUAUGGUUUGAAAUCAAAUAAAACGAAGGAAGAAGAAGAACCAAUUUUUGAGCCCAACUCCUUUCUUAUUGUCCUCGUUACCAUUCUUGGAAGGAUGGCCAAUGUGGUUGGUACAAUGAAAAUGUACAAGGGCCUCGGAAAGUUUUUCUCGGAAAGGAAACGAAAGAAAUUCAGAAAAGCUACGGAACGUGUUCAAAACGGCGAUACAGAAGCUGAGAUCACAGAGCUGGACAAAACAUUCUACAAUUGUUACCUUCAAGUGCAAGUAAACGAUUUUAAAAAAAAGCAAUACGAAUUGAUUGAUUCUACGAAGGAAGCAGUAAAGAUGCUCGUCGAUGCUUAUCCACAUCUCAGAAGUCCUGUUUCUUGUCUGUUCUAUCAAUUCGUCUUUAAACGUUAUAUUGAAGAUGAUGUAUUCACUGACGAGGAGCUGGAUUGUAUUCAAAAUGAGAUUGCCCGUGUUGUUCGCCGAUUCGAUGAGUUGGGGCUUGAUCACUAUUCGUUCGAAGCUAACACCCUACCGCAGUCUUCGACGGGCCUGGAUGCGAAUCCCUCUGUUUCCCAUUUAUAUCGUUUUCUUUUCAAUACUUAUUCAAAGGAUCACUCGUUGUCCUUAGAGGAAAUGGAUGUUAUAUACGCAGGGAUACUGGAGGUUGUUGAACGUUUCAACGAGAUAAAAGCUUACCGUAGUUGUCAGGAUGCAAUAUGUUCUGAAUAUGAGAAGGAAUCCACCAGCUCUUCAAAUGGAAAUAACGGCGGUUCUUCUGAAAGCCACAUGGAAACUAAUGCGAAGCUCACAAAUAUUCAGUUUCCGGCUGUGUCAUCUGACGGUGGAAGGGACCAUGCCGACAGAAGAUCGCAUCUGGACAGCUCUCCACAGUCAAAAUAUUCCCCCGGCAAUGUGAAUGACAACACUGGUGCAAGCCCCACAAUGUCCAGUGCCUAUGCUGGUGAGAGCAAGGAAGAUUCUCGUUCGAGCAAGAAAUGUAAUGUUGUGAAUACGGAAUUUGUAUCGAAAAAACCUGUUCUAUCGAGAAGUACCAUUCCUUCUCCAGAAGCAUGUGGAAGUACCGCGUUUCCCUCUCAUCUGGAUCCUUAUUCCGAGCCAAAGAAUAGUUCCUGUUUUGACACUCAUAGUCAUGGUCGUCGUCUUCGCUUCACUGAAUUUGCGAAGCCUUAUUCCGGAAUAGAGGUAUCUGUAUCUGGGUCUCUGUCGCAAAAAUUUGAAGGCAAAGGCUUUAACAGACCACUCGGUGUGACAUUUGACGAGGAAUCACAGCAAUGGAUUGUAGCCGAUACAAUGAACAAUCGAAUCGUACUGGUUCCACGAGGAGUGAUCAUGACAUCCUCAGAUAUUAUUGCUCCAAGUGCAGUUACCGUUCUACGACCUGCAUAUUCUUUUGUUGUGCUCACCAAGUGCGAGAUCAGAAUUCUACACUAUGGGAAGUUAGAAAGCGAUCUUGUUAUCGUUCAUUCUGGAAACGCUCGAGGUCUGUCGCUAACGGCAAGAGGGAACAUAGUCACUAUGGAGAAAAUUCGGGGUUUCUGGCAAGUAUCAGUGUAUGAAGGAAGACCUAAGGCUACACUAAUUUGGUCCUAUCCUUAUCCAACUAUACGUGAUGCGCUGCCUUCAUUCUUGGAUCUUUAUCGCGGAGUUCUAGUUAUCACUGAUCUUGGCACUCAGUCAAUUGUCAAAUUUUACGACGACACUGGGACAGAUAGGUUUAAACACAACCGAAGUAUCACAUUAGCACCUGAUUCUAAAAACGGAAGACGUGGUACAGUAUCCUACAUAAGUGGAGUGUUCAUCGACGAAGAUUUCAAUCUUUUAAUUGCUGACGCCAAGGGACGGUCGUUACAAGUAUUUAACAAUGACUGCGUCUAUCUUUACUCCGUGAAACUCUUGGGCGGUGGUUUCCCUUUUAUAAGUGGAAUCUGGGUAAACAGGAGUGGCUACAUCGGAGUGUGUGCUCGAGGUCAAAAAGACGGCGAACAUCCAAUGGUUCGCAUGAUUAUGUACAUGCGACAACAAAGAAUGACAGAAGGUACAGCGUACGACCCCAAAGGUAAGGUGGAAAGAAUGGGUUACAGCAGGAACAGCGAAAGGAAAGUUCCGGUUGCGACACCAACAACGGCUGAAGAAAGGGCUGCGAAACAAAAGGAAAUCAUCGCUGCAUAA